UGAUAACAAGAAAGAUAGAAGGUAAACGUAGCAGAGAAAAUCCAAGAUAAACGUACAUCAGGAGCAUGAGCAUAAGUGCUGGUUUUGGUGAUGUCGAGCUAUUGCUGGCCACAAAGAACAGAACUGUGUGGAAAACCGUGGUUGCCAACGUCCGUAUCGGAUAGGGUACCCACAGAGUGAUUGAACGUUUCUCUUACAAUGAUUCUUUGCUCCAAGAUGUGUUUCAAUCUUAAGGUAAAGGAAUUUCGCCUUUUUCAAGACCCAUUUUGAGUGGGCUGAUGACACUGCAAGGCGCAAGAGAGCAACACUUUCGUGUAUACACGUAUUUUUUAAACUUCCGAGUUACAAUUUGAACCCCCCACCAGAAGGUUUACACCAGAGGUUGAGCGAAAACGAGAUUUUUCAUGAAGGAAGCCUGGACAGGAAGACAGGACACAAGAAUAUUCUAUCUGGCCUAAGUGACAAAGCGGUGUUUUGCUCAAGAAUUGGGCUGAAAUCUUAUUAAGAUUGUCAAAAUAUACAAUAAUAUCAUGUCUAGUGGCAGUUCUAAAAAUCCUGAAGGGAAGGUAGACAAUUAUAGACGAACAUGGGAUAAAGAAGAGUUUGAAAAGAAGGCGAAAGAACGUCUGCAAGAGGAGACAGGUGAAGAUGGCCUGUCCGCCGACGAAAGUGAUCAUCCAGUCAAAAGGGAAUUGUUACAAGCAAGAAGCUAUGCAGUUGAUUUAGAUUCAAAGCUCGGAAAGAAUACAAUCAUAACAAAAACAACACCGCUUUCAGAAGUUGGUGGCUAUUACUGCAAUGUUUGUGACUGUGUUGUCAAAGACUCAAUAAAUUUCUUAGACCAUAUUAAUGGCAGAAAGCAUCAAAGAAACUUGGGAAUGUCUAUGAGGGUUGAGAGAUCAAGUCUUGAUCAGGUAAAGAAAAGAUUUGAAAGUAAUAAAAGAAAGAAAGAAGAAGAGAAGAAAAAACAAGAUUAUGAUUUUGAAUCCAGGGUUAAAGAACUCAGAGAAGAGGAAGAGAGAGUAAAACAAAAAAGGAAAGAUAACAGAAAAGAAAGGAAGAGGAAAGCAGAAGAUACACAGGAGGAGUAUUUGGACAAUGAUGUGGCAGCGUUGAUGGGGUUUGGUGGUUUUGGGUCAAGUAAGAAAUAGGACCUAUUCAGAACAUUUAGGAAGUUAUUAAAGAACUAAAGGAACCCAAACUGAUCCUGGUUUCCGUUUACUUGUAAAAUGAAGCUUCAUAAUGUUACUAGGUUAUGUUUUGAAGCUAUAAAAAGUCACAGUUUUCUUUCCAGUUUCCAAUAAAGUACUUAAUAUUUAGAUUUUGAUGAUACUAUCUUUUGAUGAAA